UUCUGAAAUUAAUGGUAGUUAGCGCUUCACCGCUGUAAUAGGAUAGGUAAUACAUCAUCAAUACAUCGUAAGAAUGCAUGGCCAAGUGAGAGAAAGUGGCCUCUACUACUCAUGAUGGAUCAUUCGAGCGCCUCAUUACAAUUAGGCAGACAAGGAGAUGUAAUACGCAGGUACUUAUAAUUCGACCAAUAGUAUUUCCAAGAUUUGGUAGACCGCCCAGAUUAUUAGAUUCAGAGUUUUUUUGGUCAGUGGAUUUCAUUCACUCGUCAACGCUCCCCACUAUUUCGAAUGACUACUCUAGGCGAUUCUUGCUCCCCUACCACCUGCGCAGUAGCACGCGUGUAUCUAUGGAUGCAGCAGCAGCAAUAGUAACAAUUACAACUCUAGCGCAUCAGCGGUGCGCGGCUGUUACCCCCACACCGUCGUUGGUUUUUUCGUGAGCUCGCAGCAACACUUGUGGCAGACACCAGCCGAUCUCCGACUUGAACGGAACGCACUCGUCAGCAAAGCGCCAGCUUCGUUUCAUCGUUUUAUUUUCGUCUCGACGUUUUUUAAUAAAGUUUGUUUGUCGCGUUCGAGCUUGAAAAAAAAAGAAGCAUCCAGUGCAGUAUUUCUUUUUUUUUUUUUUCUGUUUACUUAUUUCGCGAGUGAAUACAGAGAGACAGACGCUACUCGUGUUUGAGUCGUGUGCAGUAGCGUGACUUGAGAGAAAAAGUUCGAGAUAACAAUUGCCAAGAUGACUGAGCGAGUGUCAACGUGCUGUACCAAAAUCAAUCAGAUGUGGGUCACCGUUAUCAUGGUGUUCUUGUGUCUUUUCUGCUCGUACAACGUGCGGGUAUGCCCAUCUAUUGCCAUCACCCAGAUGGUCAUACAGCACGAGGAGAGCCUGAACGAUACCAUCGGGGCCGGCCAAUGCCCGGAUUACAACCUCGUCGAUGCGCCGCCACCGACGUCGUCCAACACGACUCUAAACUCGACGACCCCGACUUUCGCAGAACAUCCAAAUAUUGGCGAAGGAGGAGUAUACGACUGGGAUGAAGCGAUACAGGGUAUCAUCCUGUCGUCGUUUUUCUGGGGCUACGUCCUCACGCACAUACCAGCGGGCAUGCUGGCCGACAGGUUCGGCGCCAAGCGGAUCCUCGGGAUCUCCACCUUCGUCAGCGGCCUGUUCACUCUGCUGAUUCCGGCGGCGCUGAAGAUGGGCGGCGGCGCCAGCGUGCUUAUCUGCUUUCGCAUCGUCACCGGUCUAGCUCAGGGCUUCGCCUAUCCGGCUCUCAACGUCAUGCUGUCCGGGUGGGUGCCCGCCAAGCACAAGUCCACCGUCGCCGCCAUAGUCUACGCGGGCGCCCCUCUCGGCACCGUCGCCGCCAUGGGCACCUCAGGUCCGCUGCUGGCGUAUUUCGCGCCCGAUCGGAUCGGCUGGGAGAUCGUCUACUAUCUGUUCGGCUCGAUGAGCCUGUUGUGGUGCUUGGUCUGGUUUCCGCUGUGCUACGACGAGCCCCUGGAGCAUCCGUUCAUGGACGAGCAGGAAGCCAAGAACCUGAGCGCCGAGCUGAGCGCGCACAAGCACAAGAAACCGCCACAGGUGCCGUGGAGGCACAUAAUCCGCUCGAAACCCGUCUGGGCGCUCGUUGCCGCCUCGGUCGGCCACGGCUGGGGCUUUCUCACCAUGGUCAACGACAUGCCCAAGUACAUGAAGUCGGUGAUGCGCUUUCCCAUAGGCCACAACGGCUUGCUCUCGGCGGUGCCCUACUUCGGCAUGGCCAUCAGCAGCAUCAUGUGGGCGAAAUUCGCCGACUUCCUGGAGUACAAUAACUACAUGAGCCGCACGAAGAUCCAUAAGCUCGGCAAUACCGUGGCCACGAUAGGCCCGGCCAUAUGCACCAUCGUCGCCGCGCAGAGCGGCUGCAAUCGCGUCGUCUCGGUGAGCGCCCUCAUUGUCGGGGUCACCUGCAUGGGCGCCGCUCUGCCCAGCAUCAAGAUCAACGUGAUCGAUCUCAGCCCCAACUAUUCGGGCUUCAUCAUGGCGCUGGCCAACGGUCUGACCGGCGUCACGGGGAUGCUCGCGCCCUACGUCGUGGGCCUGCUCACGCCCAAUCAGAGCGCCGAGGAAUGGAGCCGAGUGUUCUACACCAUCUCCGCGGUGCUCACCAUCACCAACAGCAUCUACGUGAUGUGGGGCAGCGCCGAGGUGCAGUUCUGGAACGAACCGGGCUUUCAUCUCAAGGAGAAGAUCGAGCGCGAAAAGGCCGAGGCGGCCGAGGCGGCCAAGGAGAGCGUCGAGCUGCUGCAGAUGCAAUCGGAAAUCGUUUGAAGUGCGAUCGACCGAUGCUGUGCU